AUGAGACUUCGAUGUGACCUAUCUUUCGCCCUGAUAAAUCUUCUUGCAAUUGUAUAUCCGACAUAUCAAGCCAGUCCGGGACGGCAAUCUUGCAGCUCUAUCCGGAAAAGAUUGGAAUGGAGAAGCUUGUCUCAAGAGGCCCGGAUAUCUUACAUCAAAGCCGUGAAGUGUUUGGCGACCAAGCCUUCGCGUCUUGGUAAAAACUUUAAUCUUCGUCGAUACGAUGAUUUCCAAUAUGUGCACUCGAACUCGCAGGGUCAAAUACACUUUGUGGCCCAAUUUCUGCCGUGGCACCGACAGUUCAUAUAUAUUUACGAAAAGGAGUUGAAUUCUUGUGGUUACUCUGGUGCUUUGCCACAUUGGAACUGGGUUUUGGACGCAAAAAAUGUCACCACUGCGCCAGUGUGGUCAUCUGACUCAAAGGUGCGAUGA